AGUAACAACAACAAUUCAUCUCUUCCUUCUCUUUCAGAUUUCAAUUAUUCUUUUGCUCAGAGAAUGAGAGUCAGAGAGAGAGACAUCAUCCGUCCACGUUUCUCUCCUUCUUCGUUCACUACGAUAAGUCACGACCAUGCUCUGCUCGAACCAUCAAUCAGUUAUUUUUCCCGGAGCACUGGAGAUUCUGUUUCAGAAAACGGCGAUCCUACUCUGAAUCACAAACCGAACUCUGUAUGACCUGAGAAUUUUGAUAAUCAAUACAGCGAAGAGACUUGCGACUUACGAGGAUUAUACUGAUAUAAAUCCAGGUAAUGCAAACUCUCUGUUUCUUGGGAAGUCAUUCAUUUGCAAUCGUGGAGUUAAAGUCGUGUAGGUUGUGUGUAGGUGCAUAUUUUCUCGGGAUAAUAACAACCAUUAUCGUAUUUAAAAAUGAUUAGAUACAUUGUAUAUUUUUACACUAUCUCGGCAUGUGACUACAUACUUGAAUUUGUUUUGGGUAUCAAUAAUGAAUGACUUUAAAUUCU